AUGAGUCUGAGCGCUCGAACACGCUCGACCACGAGUCGCAGCUCGUUGCCCCAUGGCGGUGGUGGAUCUCGACGCUAUCGGCGUGUGGCGCACACGCACCAGGUGGACGACACGCUUUUUGGCGAGAAGAAUCAACUGGCAAAGAACCGCAAGAAGGAUCGUACGCUUCAGGCUGGAAGAGACAUUGUGGGCGCCCAGUCAAGUGCGUCGUCCAACCAAGAAACAAGCGGGAGAAUGGUGACGAAAACCCCGAUCGUGGUCGUACCCGAGGACGAAUUGGAGCGCAUCAAAGCAGAGACGAAAAUCCUGACUGCGGCCGAUUUGGAGGCGCUGGAGGCCAAGCGUGAGGCCGAUCAAGAGCACCAGCGACUGGCAUCAAAAGCUCGAAAGGAGCACAUGCUAAAGCUCAGUGAGGAGGCAGCACUGCGCGCCCCCAAGAGCGAGAUUGAGCAGAUUUUCUCAGCUGAGAAGCAGGAAAUCUUGCGUCGUGCUCGAGUGCAGAAGGACCAGAUGCACGACAGUGUCAAGUUGAUGAAGACCCUGGGUACUCGUGCUCAAGCCUUCACGAUCCGUGACCAGCAGCUCAAGGUGAAGAGCGAGCUCGAAGACGAACACCACGUGUACGACGAGAAGAUGAACACUUUGAUGGAGAUCGAGCGUCUUGAAAGUCUCAAGCGACAAGAACACCGCGAUGAAGUCAAGAAGCAGAAACGAUACGCAGACCGCAAAGUCCUCGAAGAUCAAAUUGAAGAUCGUCGUCGUCAACGCCAAAAGGAGAGCGAGAUCGUCGCCCAAGAGGCUCAAGAAAUGCUGGCGAAGAUCCAGCGUCAACAGGAACAAGAAGUCGAGAAAGAGAGAGCGAAGGCUUUGCGUACUCAACGCUCCAUGGAGGAGAUCAAAAGGUUUAACGAGGAUACACUGAGACGCAAGCAGGAGGUACAGCGUAAGAUAAAAGAAGAAGAAGAUGCAGUGCAUGCGUAUCAAGUGAAAAAGGCCGAGGAUCUCAAGCUGCGAGAGGAGGAGGAAGCGCAGAGACGACAUGAAGCGGAACUUCGUUGUGCCAAGUUGCGCUCGAUGCAGGAGAAAAUGGCCAACGAGAAGGCAGAACUGGACGAGCUGCGUGCCAAACGAGCUGCUGAAGCGCGGGAACGACAGGCUCGCGAAGCUGACAUGGCCCUGGCCAGGAAGCAUAAAGAGGAGAUGGAAGAACUACGGCGAGCUCGUGAAGCCCAGGCGCUGCAUCGUGAACGUGCUCGUGUUAAAGAGGCGACGAUGCAGCAACGCGAGUACGACUCGAUCAUGGUGCAGGUCGAGUCGGACAAGACUCGAGUCAAGGAGGAAGACGAGAAACGCAAGUUGGCCAGUAUGGCUCAUCGUCGCGUGCUGCAGUCUCAAAUCGAAGAGAAGGAAUGUUUGAAAAAGCUCUCGUUUAUCAGGAAACAGGAGGAAGGUCAAGCACUCAAGGAGGAAUAUGCAAAAGAGCUGGAAAAGCUGGAGAGGAUUCGGAUGGAGGAGGUUGGCGAGCUAGUCGAAGCGGGUGUGAAUCCGUUGUACUUGUCUGAGAUGAAGGCCCUUGUCAUUGAAAAGCAGAUUCGGUAG